AUACUGGGUGAUCACUCCUUUCUCUAUCCAAAAACGAUAACCCUUCAUGGGCUUAUCCUCGGACACGUAUCCCUUCCUUCAUCUAAUUCCUUUUGGUAUAUUCCUCCAUUGCUCAUCUAUAUAGUAACCUUCUUCCUUAAAGCUGGUUUUCUCAUUUCUCUCUCUCUCUUAUCCAUUCUAUAUCAAGUCAUUAUUCACCACCUUUAAGCAGAAGAAGCCAUGUCCGCCUUCAUAGGAAAGUACGCAGAUGAGCUGAUAAAGAACGCCAAGUACAUAGCAACGCCAGGUAAGGGAAUUCUAGCGGCGGACGAGAGCACAGGAACCAUCGGAAAGCGUCUUUCCAGUAUCAACGUAGAAAACAUAGAAUCCAGCAGGCAAGCUCUCCGACAGCUCCUCUUCACUUCUCCCAACGCCCUCCCUUACCUCUCCGGUGUCAUCCUCUUCGAAGAAACCCUUUACCAGAAAACCACCGACGGCAAACCCUUCGUCGAAGUCCUCCAAGAGAACAAAGUCAUCCCAGGUAUCAAGGUCGACAAGGGCACCGUCGAUAUCGCCGGCACCAAUGGCGAAACCACCACCCAGGGCUUCGAUUCCCUCUCCACCCGUUGCCAGCAGUACUACAAGGCUGGUGCCCGUUUUGCCAAGUGGCGUGCUGUUCUUAAGAUUGGGCCCACAGAGCCAUCCGAGCUGUCCAUCCAACAGAACGCUCAGGGUUUAGCUCGUUACGCCAUUAUCUGCCAGGAGAAUGGGCUCGUUCCCAUAGUGGAACCGGAGAUUCUCACCGACGGCAACCACGACAUCAUGAAAUGCGCCGCCGUCACCGAGACUGUAUUGGCCGCUGUUUAUAAGGCUCUCAACGAUCACCAUGUGCUUCUAGAAGGAACUCUUCUCAAGCCCAAUAUGGUCACUCCUGGCUCUGACAGCCCCAAGGUGCCUCCAGAGGAGAUGGCAGAGUGCACGGUUGCAGCAUUACGUCGCACAGUACCACCGGCGGUGCCAGGGAUUGUGUUCCUGUCGGGAGGGCAGAGUGAGGAAGAGGCAACACUUAAUCUUAACGCCAUGAACAAGUUAGAGGUGCUGAAGCCAUGGACGUUGUCAUUCUCCUUCGGGAGAGCUCUUCAGCAGAGCACGCUCAAGAUAUGGGCUGGCAAGGAGGAGAACGUGGGAAAAGCACAGGAGACAUUCUUAAUCAGGUGCAAGGCUAACUCUGAGGCCACCCUUGGCAAAUACACCGGUGGGUCUGGUGGAGGAUUGGCUUCUGAGAGUUUGUAUGUAAAGGGUUACAAGUAUUAACCCAUUCCCAAGUGACAAAAUGGUCUCCAAUCUUCACCCCUCCUCCUUCUCCUGCUCCUUAGUUUAAGGAGCUUUCAUGCUACACUGAAAUCUGUAAUUUUGUAUUAUUCCCUUCACUUCACCAUGCUUAUUUCAAGGUAACAGAAAUUUACAAGGUA